AACAGCUGUUCAUUCGAUCAUUUUAUUUUUUGGGUUUUAUUUUUAAUUUUAUGUCGUGAAAUCGAAAAAUCUUUUGUUAAAUGCUUUGUGUAGCAAGUGAUGUUAUUUUUAUACCCAUAAUACCGAUCAAGAGAAGUGCCUGACGAGAAGAAAGGGAAAUUUCACUCGACAAAGAUAGUUUUUAAUUUGCCCUUCCGUCGCAUCAUUUUUGUUAUUUUGGAACUCAUCUCAUUUUUUUUGGCAACUAUUGUCCAUUGGAUUUAUUUUCUCUGCGACUUCCAUCACUGGAUGUUGCAUGAACUACUUAACAAUUUUGCUGUGUAAUCGAAAGCCGAUGCUCUCUCGCCGAAACAAAGAUAAGACAGCAGCAGCACACAAAGAGGGCGUUGUAGGGAAGUAUGUGAAAAAGGACACGCCUCCCGAAAUACCGGUCAUAAAUGUGUGGUCUUUCGAUGAGAGAACGAAGCAAAAAUCGAAAACCUUACAACGUUGUGCUUCGGCGUCGCCCAGCUGUGAUGGUGGGGUGGGAGGUACGCUCUCGGGGCGCGGGCGUUCCGGUAGCGUAAGCAGAAACACCUAUACGGACACCCAGCCCGACUACUAUCAUGCUAGGAGGGCAAAGUCCCAGUUGCCUCCAUCGACCAAUUCGAUGCGUUCCACCUUGCCCCAACAGUCGCCUCAACCGAUGCAAGCCACGCGCCUGCAUCAUAACAUGCAUCACCAGCAACAAUACCAACAUGCGCCCGUUGUUGCCUCUCAUUCGUAUUACUCUACGAACAGUUUGGACAUGCCAAGCGGUCACAAUAACUUUGUGAACAAUAACAAUAGUAAUUAUGUUAAUAUCGAGCAAAUUGAUCGAAUGCGAUCCUCCUCUCCGCUUCAGCACUCACAGUCGAGUUACUUUCAACGCAGCUAUUCGUCCAAUCAAAAACAUGCCAACUCUUUUGAUGGGCACGCCAAUAUGAUGCGUGACCGUUUAGAUUCUUUCCAAUCGAACAUGUUACAGUUGCCGCGUGGUGUUACGCCCAGACCUCAUACACCUCCACACCACUAUCAACAUCAGCAACAAACGCAACAGCAACAGCAACAUCAGCAGCAGCAACAGCAGCCUCAUCAUCCGCCUUUGGCCCAGAGCUACUCAUCGGAGUCAUAUCCGAUCUAUGAGAAUCCCUAUAGGGUUUCGAACUCUUUAGUGCCUCCUGUUCAUGCUAUGUCGCAAAUGUCAUUGUCUACGCAUGGAAAUCGUUCCGAGUCUCCCAUAUACAGUAACACCACCUCAAUGGCCAGUAAUAUUAAUUAUACGCAUCAAAGCAAUCAUCAAAUUCCGCAUCAUCAAACUUCGCAACACCUCUCUCCCACCUCAAGCAGUCACAGCCACAACCAAAUGAUGUCUUCAUAUGAUCUCAGUACUAGCUCUCGUGCCACACCCCAUAAACAUAACCUUGCCCAAGCGAAUUCAUCAUCAUCAAUGCAGUCAUUGUAUCAGAACACCGCAAAUAACAAUCAUAAUUCAUCGAGCACACCAACGUCACAGCAGCUACACAAGCAUCCUUCGCAACAAUCUCUGGAUGAAGAACUGCCAUUGCCUCCCGGUUGGGCUACACACUACACGUUGCACGGGCGAAAAUAUUAUGUAGACCAUAAUGCCCAUACAACACAUUGGUCCCAUCCACUUGAACGUGAGGGUCUGCCUGUAGGUUGGCGCACCGUUGUUUCCAAGGUGCACGGUACUUACUAUGAAAAUCAAUACACAGGCCAAUGCCAACGGCAGCACCCCUGUCUUACAUCAUAUUAUGUGUACACCACAUCAGCGGAACCUCCAAAGGCUAUACGUCCUGAAACGUAUACACCACCAACACAUACUCAUAAUGCACUUGUUCCUGCAAACCCUUAUCUAUUGGAGGAGAUACCCAAAUGGCUGGUUGUUUACUCCGAAGCAGACUCGUCCAAAGACCAUAUGUUGCAGUUCAAUAUGUUUAGUCUUCAGGAAUUGGAGUGCUUUGAUGGCAUGUUGGUUCGUUUGUUCAAACAAGAGUUGGGUACUAUUGUUGGAUUUUAUGAGCGUUAUAGACGUGCUCUUAUUUUGGAAAAGAAUCGCCGGGAGGAACGUUAUUUGCAAGAAUUGCAUGCUGCCUCUGUAAAUGCCUCCAACAUAAAUCCCAAUCCGAAUGUUGCAAGCCACAACAAUGUCGUCAGCCAUCUUAGCCAACAGCAACAACAACAUCAACAACAGCUGUAAAAGAUUUUAUAUAUAUAAAUAUUUUUAAAUAGAUAAGACUUGAACCCCAGGUUCUUGGUGCCUUAACUUUUCGAAAGCAGAAGUUGAAAGACUCAGAACUGGAGCGAUUUUAAACAAUGCCACCGCAUACACAUCAAUCAACACAUCCUCGCUCACUUGCAGACUUCAUUAAUAUUUACCUUAAUAUUAUUUAUUUUAAUUUUUAGUUCAUUUUUUCUUACAACCUAUCGCUUAAGCUCUACAUUGAUUUUAAUUUAAUUUUUUUGUUAAAAAUAAACCUACAUAUAUUGCACCGAGUUUGCCUUAAACGAACAUGUCUUAAAUUUAUGUAAAUUAUACAUUUGUAUUGUUCGAUUAUUAUUAGUUC